AUGCCACGCUCGCCCUUGCUCUUCCCGCUAUUGCUUCUCCUGCUGCCGCCGCUGGCCCCGGGCUUCGGGCUUCGCGGCACCGGUGACCGCCGGCCCGAGUGCGGCCAGUGCCGGCCGGAGCUCUGCCCGGCGCCCGCGCGCUGCCCGGAGCCCUGGAUCGCCGCGCGCGACGAGUGCGGCUGCUGCGCGCGCUGCCUGGGCGCUGAGGGCGCGAGCUGCGGGGGCCGGGCGGGCGCUCGCUGUGGCCCCGGGCUGGUGUGCGCGAGCCGCGCCGCGGGGACGGCACCGGAGGGCACCGGGGUCUGCGUGUGCGCGCAGCGCGGCGCCGUCUGCGGCUCCGACGGCCGCUCCUACCCCAGCGUCUGUGCGCUGCGCCUGCGCGCCCGGCACGCGCUCCGCGCGCACCUGGGCCACCUGCACAAGGCGCACGAUGGCCCCUGCGAAUUUGCUCCUGUGGUUGUCAUUCCACCCCGGAGUGUUCACAAUGUCACCGGUGCACAAGUGUAUCUGUCCUGUGAGGUGAGGGCUGUGCCUAGUCCUGUCAUCACAUGGAGGAAGGUCACCCAGUCUCCUGAGGGUACCCAGGUGCUGGAAGACUUGCCUGGGGACCAUGUCAAUAUAGCUGUCCAGGUGCGGGGGGGCCCUUCAGACCACGAGACCACAGCCUGGAUUUUGAUCAACCCCCUGAGAAAGGAAGAUGAGGGGGUGUACCAGUGCCAUUCAGCCAACAUGCUUGGGGAGGCCCAGUCCCAUGGCACGGUGACCGUUACAGAGCCCAGCAGAUACCAGGCGCCCCGCCUGCCAGCUCUGGAGGACCGCCUGUGAUGCAGGUCUUAGAAACACCGGUCACGGGAUGGCAGGAAAGACAAGUUACGGAUCAUUUUGCCUCAUGAAAAAUCAGAACUGUGUUUGUAGACGACCCCUUUUGUAUGUUUUUUAAAAUUAGAUACAAACUAGAUUUGUAUGCAGGUGUAGUUUCUAGCAGGACAUGUGCAUGUACUUUUUUAUACUUUUGAAAUGCAUUGCUCUGUAAAGUUCUUUUUCAAACUGUCCUCUCCCAGAGGAGCUCCCAUUCUGGUAUAUUUAUAAUUCUAAAGGGCUUGAGGGGCACAUGUUAACUGUGGCUCUUCACCUCAUGUCUGUAACUGGGGGCACUGUGACUGACAUGUGUGCUGUAGGAGGGAGGAGGAUCCUGUUCUCUGCCUGACCUCUAAUUGCUUUGUGACCUCCAGUCCCUUCCCUUGUGGGCCUUGGUCUCUUCACUUGUGACUGUGGCAUUUGGAAUGGAUAUCAGCAGUCUCCUUUCUAGUCCUGCCAUCCCAGAGUAAAAUGACCCACUGGGGGAAAAAAAGGCACAGGAAGUCUGAUCUUAGCAGUCUUUGUACAGUGAUAUGCCCUCAAAACCAAAUGCCAUUGCUUCCUAUUGGGCUGUGGACAGCUACCUGUCCCUCUUCUGUUCCUGCCAUUUACCUUUUAUGAAGAAAUUUAGUACUAUAUGGGACUCUUUACCAGACUCAGGACUCUCUUGAUUGGACAUUUGGGGACCAAGAUGCCCAGUGUUCUCUGCCAGUUGAGAGUGGGACGUGGUCUCUGGACACCAAACUGUGCAGAUGGUCAGGUGCUGUCUUGGCUACAGAGUUAGGGUGUGGUAGAAUACAUUUGACUCAUAGAUAUUUUGACCUCACCUAGGAAUAAGGAUUACUUGCUUCUUUUUAAUGGAAAAAAAAAUUAAGAAGAAGAAUAUGAAAUAUCUGGGCUAAAA